AUGGGUGAUGCUGAGAGCUGCCUGCUCAGACAACAGACACGCGAGGUCAGGAAGAAGCCGCUUAUAAAUUACUGCUUCCUCCGCGCCGCCGCCAGCGCCGAGCUCCGGGUCCUGGCCGCAGCCCGGCUCGCUAGUCAGCGCCGAGCCCUGAGGACCGCGAGCUCCGAGAUCGGGCCCCGCCGAGAGGGAGCCGGAAGAGCGGACCCCGCGGGCCAGAGAUCGCGCCGGCGGGCAGUCCCUCGGCGCGCGGAAGCGAGCGCGGCCGAGCGCAGCGCCGUGGCCGCCCCAGAAAGCGAGGAGGAGGACAUGGCCACCAAGGAGAAGCUGCAGUGUCUGAAAGAUUUCCACAAGGACAUCCUGAAGCCGUCCCCCGGGAAGAGCCCGGGCACCCGGCCGGAGGACGAGGCCGAGGGGAAGCCCCCGCAGCGGGAGAAGUGGGCCAGCAGGAUCGACUUUGUGCUCUCUGUGGCCGGCGGCUUCGUCGGCUUGGGCAACGUCUGGCGUUUCCCCUACCUCUGCUACAAAAACGGUGGAGGCGCAUUUCUCAUACCGUACUUCAUUUUCCUGUUUGGGGGCGGCCUGCCUGUGUUUUUCCUGGAGGUAAUCAUAGGCCAGUACACCUCUGAAGGGGGCAUCACCUGCUGGGAAAAGAUCUGCCCCUUGUUUGCCGGCAUCGGCUAUGCCUCCAUCGUGAUCGUGUCCCUCCUGAACAUAUACUACAUCAUCAUCCUCGCCUGGGCCACGUACUACCUAUUCCAGUCCUUCCAGUCGGAGCUCCCCUGGGCAAAAUGCAACCACAGCUGGAACACGCCCCAUUGCCUGGAGGACACCUUGCGGAAGAACCGGAGCCUCUGGAUCUCCAAUGGCACCACCAACUUCACCUCCCCUGUCAUCGAGUUCUGGGAGCGGAAGGUGCUGAGCUUGUCUUCUGGGAUUGACGAACCGGGCGCUCUGAAGUGGGACCUUGCGCUCUGCCUCCUCCUCGUCUGGCUGGUCUGUUUCUUCUGCAUCUGGAAGGGCGUCAAGUCCACGGGCAAAGUUGUCUACUUCACGGCCACGUUUCCGUUCGCUAUGCUGCUGGUGCUGCUGGUCCGUGGGCUGACGCUGCCCGGCGCAGGAGCAGGCAUCAGGUUCUAUCUGUACCCCGACAUCAGCCGCCUGGAGGACCCAGAGGUAUGGAUCGAUGCUGGGACCCAAAUAUUCUUUUCCUACGCCAUCUGCCUGGGGGCCAUGACCUCGCUGGGGAGCUACAACAAAUACAAGUACAACUCGUACAGGGACUGUAUGCUGCUGGGAUGCCUGAACAGUGGUACCAGUUUUGUGUCUGGCUUCGCAAUUUUUUCCAUCCUGGGCUUCAUGGCACAAGAGCAAGGGGUGGACAUUGCUGAUGUGGCUGAGUCAGGUCCUGGCCUGGCCUUCAUCGCCUACCCAAAAGCCGUGACGAUGAUGCCGCUGCCCACAUUUUGGUCCAUCCUUUUUUUCAUUAUGCUUCUCUUGCUUGGACUGGAUAGCCAGUUUGUGGAAGUGGAAGGACAGAUCACGUCCUUGGUUGAUCUGCACCCAUCCUUGCUAAGGAAGGGCUUUCAUCGAGAGAUCUUCAUCGCCUCCAUAUGCUGCGUCAGCUACCUUCUGGGGCUGAUCAUGGUGACCGAGGGUGGCAUGUACGUGUUUCAGCUCUUUGACUACUACGCAGCUAGCGGUGUCUGCCUUUUGUGGGUGGCGUUCUUUGAAUGUUUUGCUAUUGCCUGGAUAUACGGCAGCGAUAACUUCUACGAUGGGAUUGAGGACAUGAUUGGCUACCGGCCGGGGCCCUGGAUGAAGUACUGCUGGGCCGUGGUCACCCCGCUUCUCUGUACUGGAUGUUUUAUCUUCUCUCUCGUCAAGUAUGUGCCCCUGACCUACAACAAAGUCUACAGGUACCCCACCUGGGCCAUCGGGCUGGGCUGGUGCCUGGCCCUGUCCUCCAUGGUGUGUGUCCCGUUGGCCAUGAUCAUCCGCCUCGGCCAGACCGAAGGGCCGUUCCUCGUGAGACUCAAGUACCUGCUGACCCCGAGGGAACCCAACCGCUGGGCCGUGGAGCGCGAGGGGGCCAUGCCCUACAGCUCCCGCACGGCCGUCAACAACACGCUCAGGAAACCCACCCACAUCAUCGUGGAGACCAUGAUGUGAGCUCUCUCCGGCGGACAGGCUGCUCUCCUGCUGUUUACUAACAUUAGAUUCUCGUAGGACCAGGUUUACAGAGCUUUAAAUUUGCACUAGGGUUUUUGUUUAUUUUUUCAAUUGUCACAGAAAAUGUUACUCUGUGUGUGUGUGUGUGUGUGUGUGUGUGAGCGUGUGCAUGUGUGCGUGUGUGGUGUUGUGUGUAUGUGUAUUUCCUUUUGAUUUGGGGAUGUUUUGUACAAAAAAAAGCAAACCCACGGGCAGCUGUCCGGGGCAAGGCAGAACUUUCAUACGGAAUUAGAUGUAUUUUAUGGGGACUUGGUAAAAUUUUCUUUGUAUUUUUUUUACAUGUAACUGUGUACACACAUAGAGAUUUUCAAACACUUUUACCACUUGAAUAGCUCUUGCCAGCAAUAGAUCUCGUUUUUAAAAGCAAUCCUUUGGUGCUUGUGCAGCUGGCAGAAGGUUCUGCCACCCACCCCCCACCAGAACACUGGGUGGAAUUUUAAAGGUGUUGUACCUGCAGACCUGGUUCAAGUGAAGCAAACAGCUAUCUGGCCAGACCCCGGGGGGCUGGAGAGAGGAAGGCGCCUUGUGACGCUUAUCUUAGCCAACAAGAGAGAUGCCCAAACCGUAAACCAACCCCUCAAGUAAAGGGACUCAGAGUCCACAGAGGAGGCCCAACGGUGAAAGUCUGAUGCUAAGAUGCAGGGAACCCCUGCCUCGGGAGGGUCCCUUUUAUUUCAGGAUUGAGGGUGGAUAGUCAGGGCGAGAGGGAGAGGCAUCCUUCCCUGGGGUGUCCCCUGGAGUGAGUGGAGGCUGGCCCCGUAGGAACUAGGGGUCUUAAGGCUCCGGACCUCACACGGAUGGGUCUGUUGCCUUAGAAAGGGGCUCCUAUCAGCUUCCGGCCGACCCCGCAGCUGGCAUCUCUCAAAGCUGCCUGUAGGAGAAGAGUGAUGUAUUUGGUGAGGGGCGAGGGGUGAGCCAGCGGACCAAAGGAUGUGCGCCCAAGUGCCCGGGAGGGGCCCGGUGUCAGGGGAGGGGAUGCUCCUCCCCUCCUCUCUCCACCCUCAGCUUGUCCUCGUCUCCCAGAGGCUCUUGUUGAAGACCCCGGCCAGGGGCCACCCUGGCGCCUAGCAGGGAGUGCCAGGAGCAAGCUGUCACUGGGGCGAGGUGCUCCCCAAACUCUCCUGCGAGCUCGGGCACGGGUGCAGCCCACGCGG